AUGCAGCGAGGGAUAUUAUUUUGUAUACUGGCAUCGCUGGUACUGACGGCAACCAAAGGUGAAUCUCGAAAUAAUAGAAUAAAAAAAGAAGCUAAACAUGUUAGUAUAGAAGGACGUCACCUCUACGACAGUACAUAUACCAAUGAUAAUGAAGUGGUAGUUGAUAUACAAGACAAUGAGAAAAACCAGUACUACGAAACGAAUUACGAUACCAAUGCAUACGGUUUUGGUUACGACGUAGGUCCGAACGGCCAGUUCCACCACGAAUCCCGCGGCCCAGAUGGGGUCACAUACGGAUGUUACGGAUACGUAGAUCCUGACGGUUAUCUCCGCGCUACGCACUACGUGGCGGACAGUCACGGAUACCGCGUGGUCGAACCGGAAAAGCCAGUAGAAGUGUUCCCUGACGAAAAAUAUGAAUACGAUGAGAAUCCAGAAACAACAGAGGCUGUACCUGGCCAAACUAUUGCAUGGGAUAAACUAUAUUUCCCUAAGGGAUGCGGUCGAACUCCUGGUGGCGUGCCUGCAAAACCUCCUCCGAAACCGACUCGUCCUUCACGUCCACCGCCAGACAGCGCUGGGCAAACAAGCAAUCCAAAACCUGAUGUCUUACCACCAAAUAGUGGUGGACCAAGCGGUCCUAACGGCCCAUACGGACCUGGCUAUUAUCCCGGAACUUCAGGAACACCCGGAUCUCCUGGCUCUCCCGGAUCUCCUGGUUCACCCGGCUCUCCCGGCUCACCUGGUUCUCCCGGCUCUCCCGGCUUACCCGGUUCUCCCAGCUAUCCUGGUGGACCUGGUAUCACAGGUGGACCCGGAGGACCUACCGGACCCGGAGGACCGAACGGACCCGGAGCGAACCCUAACGCUCCUGGAGGACCAAGCGGUCCUAGUGGACCAGGAGGUAAUCAAUGGCAAGGAGGGUAUUAUCCUGGCACACCCGGAAGUCCCGGAUCUCCUGGCAUUCCAGGUCGUCCAGGAGGCCCUGGAGGUCUAGGUGGACCCGGAGGACCCAACGGACCCGGAGGACCAAGCGGACCUAGUGGACCAGGAGGGCAAGGAGGGUAUUAUCCAGGCACACCCGGAAGUCCCGGAUCCCCUGGCAGUCCAGGUGGUCCAGGAGGCCCUGGAGGCCCUGGUGGACCAGGUGGCCCAGGUGGACCUGGAGGACCGAAUGGACCCGGAGGACCGAAUGGACCCGCAGGACCCAAUGGAUCCGGAGGCAGCCCUAACGGUCCUGGAGGGCCAAGUGGUCCUAGUGGACCAGGAGGGCAAGGAGGGUAUUAUCCUGGCACACCCGGAAGCCCCGGAUCUCCUGGUAUUCCAGGUCGUCCCGGAGGCCCUGGAGGUCUAGGUGGACCCGGAGGACCCAACGGACCCGGAGGACCCAACGGACCCGGAGGACCCAACGGAAUUGGAGGACCAAGCGGACCUAGUGGACCAGGAGGGCAAGGAGGGUAUUAUCCAGGCACACCCGGAAGUCCCGGAUCUCCUGGCAGUCCAGGUGGUCCAGGAGGCCCUGGAGGCCCUGGUGGACCAGGUGGUCCAGGUGGACCCGGAGGGCCGAAUGGACCCGGAGGACCCAAUGGAUCCGGAGGCAGCCCUAACGGUCCUGGAGGACCAAGCGGUCCUAGUGGACCAGGAGGGCAAGGAGGGUAUUAUCCUGGCACACCCGGAAGCCCCGGAUCUCCUGGUAUUCCAGGUCGUCCCGGAGGCCCUGGAGGUCUAGGUGGACCCGGAGGACCCAACGGACCCGGAGGACCCAACGGACCUGGAGGACCAAGCGGACCUAGUGGACCAGGAGGGCAAGGAGGGUAUUAUCCAGGCACACCCGGAAGUCCCGGAUCUCCUGGCAGUCCAGGUGGUCCAGGAGGCCCUGGAGGCCCUGGUGGACCAGGUGGUCCAGGUGGACCCGGAGGGCCGAAUGGACCCGGAGGACCCAAUGGAUCCGGAGGCAGCCCUAACGGUCCUGGAGGACCAAGUGGUCCUAGUGGACCAGGAGGGCAAGGAGGGUAUUAUCCUGGCACACCCGGAAGUCCCGGAACUCCUGGCAGUCCAGGUGGCCCAGGAGGCCCUGGAGGCCCUGGAGGACCCGGUGGCCCAGGUGGACCCAGUGGACCGAACGGACCCGGAGGACCGAACGGACCUGAAGGACCGAACAGACCCGGAGGACCAAGCCGUCCUAGUGGACCAGGAGGGCAAGGUGGGUAUUAUCCUGGCACACCCGGAAGUCCUGGAUCUCCUGGCAUUCCAGGUCGUCCAGGAGGGCCUGGAGGUCCAGGUGGAUCCGGUGGUCCGAACGGACCUGGUGGACCUAACGGACCCGGAGGACCAAGCCGUCCUAGUGGACCAGGAGGGCAAGGAGGGUAUUAUCCUGGUACACCCGGAAGUCCCGGAUUUCCUGGUAGUCCAGGAGGUCCAGGAGGCCCUGGGGGUCCUGGUGGACCAGGUGGCCCAGGUGGACCCGGAGGACCGAAUGUAUCCGGAGGCAGCCCUAACGGUCCUGGAGGACCAAGCGGAUCCACUGGACCAGGAGGGCAAGGAGGGUAUUAUCCUAGUACACCCGGAAGCCCCGGAUCUCCUGGCAUUCCAGGUAGCCCAGGAGGCCCUGGAGGCCCUGGAGGACCCGGUGGUCCAGGAGGACCAGGCGGCCCUAGUUCAGGCACCGGAGGCAGUUACUAUCCAGGCGGUGAACAAGGAAACGGACCUUCCAGUGGAUACUACCCAGGACAAAGUGGUAGUCCUGCAACACCCGGUACGCCGGGUGCAUCAGGUACACCUGGUGCUCCUGGCUCACAAGGAACCCCUGACAGCCCUGGUUCACCAGGUUCAAGCGGCUAUUACCCUGGUCAAAAACCAAGCGGACCGGGUGCAGUCGGCCCCCCUGGAAGUGGAUAUUAUCCAGGUCAGCCGGGCAGCUCAGGUUCACCUGGAGCAUCCGGAACCCCUGGCGUACCAGGAGCUCCAGGAGGUCCCGGUGGACCAGGUGGACCAGGAGGUCCAGGAGGCCCAGUGCGUCCUAUCGGCGGUAACGGCUACUAUCCAGGCAGUUCUGGUUCUGGUUCUCCUCUACAACCAGGAUCACCUGGACAGUCCGGAAAACCAGGACAAGGCGGAUCACCUGGUCAAUCCGGAGGUCCAGGCCAAGUAGGUCAACCUAGUCGACCAGGACAAACCGACUAUCCAAGUCAGUCUGGACAACCAGGACAAGGUUGGGCACCAGGACAACCCGGAGCACCAGGACAACCAACACAGCCUGGUUACCCAGUGCAGCCCGGACAACCAGGACAAGGCGGAGCACCAGGACAACCCGGAGGCCCAGGUCAAGUUGGUCAACCAAGUCAACCGUUACAACCCGGCUACCCGGGGCAACAAGGACAGCCCGGGCAAACUGGCUUCCCAGGCCAGUCCGGUCAACCAUGGCAGCCUGGUUACCCAGUGCAGCCCGGACAAACAGGACAAGACGGGGCACCAGGACAACCCGGAGCACCAGGACAACCAACACAGCCCGGUUACCCAGUGCAGCCCGGACGACCAGGACAAGGUUGGGCACCAGGACAACCCGGAGCACCAGGACAACCAACACAGCCUGGUUACCCAGUGCAGCCCGGACAACCAGGACAAGGCGGGGCACCAGGACAACCCGGAGCACCAGGACAACCCGGAGCACCAGGACAACCCGGAGCACCAGGACAACCCGGAGCACCAGGACAAGACACCCGGACCAGGGCACCAGGACAACCAACACAGCCUAGUUACCCAGUGCAGCCCGGACGACCAGGACAAGGCGGGGCUCCAGGACAACCAACACAGCCUGGUUACCCAGUGCAGCCCGAACAACCAGGACAAGGCGGGGCACCAGGACAGCCCGGAGCACCAGGACAACCAACAAAGCCUGGUUACCCAGUGCAGCCCGGGCAACCAGGACAAGGUUGGGCACCAGGACAACCCGGAGCACCAGGACAACCAACACAGCCUGGUUACCCAGUGCAGCCUGGACAACCAGGACAAGGCGGGAAACCAGGACAACCAACACAGCCUGGUUACCCAGUGCAGCCCGGACAACCAGGACAAGGCGGGACACCAGGACAACCCGGAGCACCAGGACAACCAAUACAGCCUGGUUACCCAGUGCAGCCCGGACAACAAGGACAAGGUUGGGCACCAGGACAACCCGGAGCACCAGGACAACCAACACAGCCUGGUUACCCAGUGCAGCCCGGACGACCAGGACAAGGUGGGGCACCAGGACAACCAACACAGCCUAGUUACCCAGUGCAGCCCGGACGACCAGGACAAGGCGGGGCACCAGGACAACCAACACAGCCUGGUUACCCAGUGCAGCCCGAACAACCAGGACAAGGCGGGGCACCAGGACAGCCCGGAGCACCAGGACAACCAACACAGCCUGGUUACCCAGUGCAGCCCGGACAACAAGGACAAGGUUGGGCACCAGGACAACCCGGAGCACCAGGACAACCAACACAGCCUGGUUACCCAGUGCAGCCCGGACGACCAGGACAAGGUGGGGCACCAGGACAACCAACACAGCCUAGUUACCCAGUGCAGCCCGGACGACCAGGACAAGGCGGGGCACCAGGACAACCAACACAGCCUGGUUACCCAGUGCAGCCCGGACAACCAGGACAAGGCGGGCCACCAGGACAACCCGGAGCACCAGGACAACCAACACAGCCUGGUUACCCAGUGCAGCCUGGACAACCAGGACAAGGCGGGAAACCAGGACAACCAACACAGCCUGGUUACCCAGUGCAGCCCGGACAACCAGGACAAGGCGGGACACCAGGACGACCCGGAGCACCAGGACAACCAACACAGCCUGGUUACCCAGUGCAGCCCGGACAACAAGGACAAGGUUGGGCACCAGGACAACCCGAAGCACCAGGACAACCAACACAGCCUGGUUACCCAGUGCAGCCCGGACGACCAGGACAAGGUGGGGCACCAGGACAAUCAACACAGCCUAGUUACCCAGUGCAGCCCGGACGACCAGGACAAGGCGGGGCACCAGGACAACCAACACAGCCUGGUUACCCAGUGCAGCCCGGACAACCAGGACAAGGCGGGGCACCAGGACAGCCCGGAGCACCAGGACAACCAACACAGCCUGGUUACCCAGUGCAGCCCGGACAACAAGGACAAGGUUGGGCACCAGGACAACCCGGAGCACCAGGACAACCAACACAGCCUGGUUACCCAGUGCAGCCCGGACGACCAGGACAAGGUGGGGCACCAGGACAACCAACACAGCCUAGUUACCCAGUGCAGCCCGGACGACCAGGACAAGGCGGGGCACCAGGACAACCAACACAGCCUGGUUACCCAGUGCAGCCCGGACAACCAGGACAAGGCGGGCCACCAGGACAACCCGGAGCACCAGGACAACCAACACAGCCUGGUUACCCAGUGCAGCCCGGACAACAAGGACAAGGUUGGGCACCAGGACAACCCGGAGCACCAGGACAACCAACACAGCCUGAUUACCCAGUGCAGCCCGGACGACCAGGACAAGGACAACCAACACAGCCUGGUUACCCAGUGCAGCCCGGACAACCAGGACAAGGUGGGGCACCAGGACAACCAACACAGCCUGGUUACCCAGUGCAGCCCGGACAACCAGGACAAGGCGGGGUACCAGGACAACCCGGAGCACCAGGACAACCAACACAGCCUGGUUACCCAGUGCAGCCCGGACAACCAGGACAAGGCUGGGCUCCAGGACAACCCGGAGCACCAGAACAGCCAACACAGCCUGGCUACCCAGUGCAGCCCGUACAACCAGGACAAGGCGGGGCACCAGGACAACCCGGACUACCAGGACAACCAACACGGCCGGGUUACCCAGUGCAACCCGGACAACCAGGACAAGGCGGGGCACCAGGACAACCCGGAGCACCAGGACAACCCGGAGCACCAGGACAACCCGGAGCACCAGGACAACCAACACAGCCUGGUUACCCAGUGCAGCCCGGACAACCAGGACAAGGUUGGGCACCAGGACAACCCGGAGCACCAGGACAACCAACACAGCCUGGUUACCCAGUGCAGCCCGGACAACCAGGACAAGGCGGAGCACCAGGUCAACCAACACAGCCUGGUUACCCAGUGCAGCCCGGACAACCAGGACAAGGUGGAGCACCAGGACAACCCGGAGCACCAGGACAACCAACACAGCCUGGUUACCCAGUGCAGCCCGGACGACCAGGACAAGGUGGGGCACCAGGACAACCAACACAGCCUGGUUACCCAGUGCAGCCCGGACAACCAGGACAAGGUGGGGCACCAGAACAACCUACACAGCCUGGUUACCCAGUGCAUCCCGGACAACCAGGACAAGGUGGGGCACCAGGCCAACCCGGAGCACCAGAACAACCAACACAGCCUGGUUAUCCAGUGCAGCCCGGACAAACAGGACAAGGUUGGGCACCAGGACAACCUGGAGCACCAGGACAACCAACACAGCCUGGUUACCCCGGGCAUCCCGGCCAACCAGGACAAGGCUGGACACCAGGACAACCCGGAGCACCAGGACAACCUACACAGCCUGGUUAUCCAGUGCAGCCCGGACAACAAGGACAAGGUGGGGCACCAGGACAACCCGGACCACCAGGACAACCAACACAGCCUGGUUACCCAGUGCAGCCCGGACAACCAGGACAAGGUGGGGCACCAGGACGACCCGGAGCACCAGGACAACCCGGACAACAAUCAGGAGGUGGUGAUUCAGUCGGCCAGCCUACUGGAACCGGAGUUCAGCCACCAGUUUAUCCACCUUACACCCAGAUGCCGCCAUUCCCUAUUUACGUCAUUCCGUACCCCCUACCUAUUGUACCAAGUCCAGGAUCAUGUCCAUGUUAUCUUUUAAAUCCAGGGAAAAAUGACUCAACUGCAGUUUCUCAACAGCAAGGACAGGGCUACCCAGCUAACCAGGGCUAUUAUAGUCCAUAUGGUAUCAUUGGAUUCAUACCGGUCGUAUUUGUACCUAGCUGCCCUGGAAAUGCUACCAGUAUGCAGUCUGCUCAGCAAAACUUCCCUAAUGCUGUACCGGUUCCUUACAAUUGUGCGCAAUGUCAAGAAAAUAGAAGUGUUUACAGAUAUCUGGGAAGACUAAACGGUGGACGUAGUGCUAAUCUUAAACUAAAUGAUUUAAAAGAAAUUCGAUCCUUAACGGAACUUGAAAACCUCUUGAAAGAUCAAAUAAAACCGAUGCAGAAGAGUCUACGAAAAAUAGCCGCUCAUCCAAUAAUUUUAGAUGAUAUUAAAACUUAG